AUGGCGCGAAGCUUCCGAGAGCUAUCGUCAAUGUCGACGCUCCUGUUCGUGUCACUGCUGGUCCUAUCCUCCUCGACCGACGCGUUGAGGCCGUUUGACAGAUUGCGGCCAAGUGCAAGCGAGAGCCAACGAGCGACAACCACGGUCAAGGGAGAGCCGCUAAAGACAGUCUACAUCGUCCGCUUCCACGCCAUGCCCCCCGCCGCCACGUACACGGGCGGAAUCCUCGGCUUCCCCGCAACCGCUGCGCCGAUGGACGACUCGGAGGAGGGGCUAAUCGCCUCCGUGGCUUCCGCGGGGUCGGGGGAAAGCGGCGGGCUGCGCCGCGCGUUCGACGCGUCGCAGCCGCACGUGCGCGCGUACGCGGCGCACCUGGUGCGCAUGCACAGGACGGUGCUGGCGGAAGCGGGGGUCGAUAGCAGCGCGCACGUGUACAGCUACACAACCGCUCUGAACGGCGUAGCAGCGACGCUCACUCCGCAACAAGUAGAGAUUCUCAAGCGGCGACCAGAAGUGGGGUCGGUGAGAGAGGCGCCUAGGUACGAGCUGCACACGACCUUCACGCCCACGUUCCUGAACCUGCGCAAGCGCGUGUGGAGCAACGAGACGCUCCAGAACGGGCAGAAGGGCGCGGGGCAGCAGGGCGAGGGCGUGAUUAUCGGCGUCAUCGACACGGGGGUCUGGCGGGAGAACCCUGCUUUCAGUGACGAUGUAUCCCCGCCCUACGGCCCAGUACCUGCUCAAUGGAAGGGGUCGUGCAUGACGUCAGCAGACUUCCCCAGCUGCAACCGCAAGCUGAUUGGCGCGCGCGGGUUCUUCCAGGGGCUCAAGGCGUCGGGGUAUACCAUGGACUGGACGCUUGACUACAAGUCGGCGAGAGAUGUGGCCGGGCAUGGCACUCAUACCACCAGCACGGCGGGCGGCAACAGUGGCGUGGAAGUGAAGCUGAAUGGCGUCUCGUUUGGAACAGCCAGUGGCAUGGCGCCACGUGCACGCGUUGCUAUGUACAAGGUCUUCUGGGCGACGGAGGAGAACGGGAGGGACAACUGUGACGGGUCGGACAUUCUCAAGGCCGUCGAUACAGCCGUGGCAGAUGGCGUGGACGUCAUCAGCCUGUCUGUCGGCCGCCAGGCGCCCUUGUUCUUUGAUGACGAUGAGAUGAUCUAUCUCAACGCCGCCAGGGCAGGCGUGCUGGCGUCAGUGUCAGCGGGCAACAGCGGCCCCACCACCAUUGGAGACGCCUUCUUCCGCAGCAUCGGCCACCCGUCCCCCUGGAUGAUCACCGUUGCUGCCAGCUCCCACGGGCGCAACUACAUGACGGAUGUGACGGUCAAUGGGGAGAAGUUUUCGGGGCGGUCCAUGGUGGGGACGGGCGGUGGGGAGCUGAUUCUGGGGAGGAACGGCGUGAAGGCCGGAGGGAAUUCCUGGAUGGCCGGUGUGUGUGCAUCAGGCACCCUCGACCCAGCCAAGGUCUCGGGCAAGAUCGUGGUGUGUCGGCGCAUCUCCCAAUGGGGCGGGUGGAGCUCGGAGGACCUCCUCCCUAUAAGCAUCACCGUUAAGAAGGCGGGCGCUGCGGGCGUGAUUAUAUACAACACGGAUAAGGCGGAUCGGGUGGUGGCUGUGCUUCACCCAAUCCCGGCCUGCCACCUGGACCGGUACACUGGCAAGCGGCUCGUGAAGCUUCUGGGAAAUUCCACAGGGGUAAAAGCCACGAUAUCAGCAUCAUACAUGAAGCAGCUGGCGGCGCCCACCGUCACGUCCUUCUCCUCCACGGGCCCCAACGUGGACCCCGUGCUAGACGCCAGGGAGGGCGGCAAGUACUCGUUCGGGUACAACGACGUCUUAAAGCCCGACAUCACCGCGCCGGGCCUCGAGGUGUGGGCCGGGUGGACCCAGUCGCCCUUCCAAGAACCCUACGGGAUUGCUUCAGGCGUGGUCCCUGCUGCCUCUAUGUCUCACCUCCUGAUCAGCGGGACCUCCAUGUCCUGCCCGCACAUCUCCGGCCUAGCAGCAAUAAUCAAGGGGAAAUACCCCAACUGGUCGCCCUUUGCCCUCAAAUCCGCGCUCAUGACCACGGCGUACACCCUAAACAACAAGAACAAGCCGAUUUACUCGGCCGGGCAGCUACGAGCAGCAGACCCGUUUGACUAUGGCACGGGGCAUGUGGACACGUUUAAAGCCCUGGACCCGGGACUAGUGUACGACUCUACAGUGCUGGAGAAUGUGAAGUUUCUUAUAGCGGUUGAUGCAGUGGAUGUGAAGCAGACGUCGGCGUACUGGGCGGUUGCCAAGGACAAGAGGACGCCGCUGGACCAUCCGUGA